AUGUCUUUUGGGUCUGAUUAAAAGAGUAAGGUCUCUUUUUUUUAAGAGCAGUAUAGGGAAUAUUUAAAAAACUAAUCAAGUCAAAAAUCGCUAAAUUAAGUUAAUAAUAUGUACAACUCAGGCCUAUUUAAUCAUAGUAAUUCUGGGUUGUUUAGUUCAUAAAUUCUUAACCAAAAUGAUCAGUGGAAAUGUUAUAAUUUAGAAUUAGAAAAUUAGAGAUUACAAAGUGAAUUGUAGGUGCUCCGUCAAAGAAAUUUAUAGUAUUUAUAGAGAAUAAAAACUCUUGAAGAAAAUGCUCUCAGUCUUUAGUCAGUCAUUUAUUAGUAAACGCUUGCUCUUCAAUAAACGACACAGUAACUUUUAAAUACUCCUUAAAAAAAUAGUGCUUCUAAAAAAUCUACAAAGAAAUAAAUUCAAAAUUAAACAGAAAAAAGCUCAUAGUAACUGUAUCAGAAUUAAAGUCCUCAAUCUAACAAAUACGAAGGUUAAACUUCUGCUAUUCAAGAGUUGUAGCCUAACUAAAUUCAAUAAAAUUAAUAAAUGAAUUAAUCAGCUCAAUCUCCAGCUACAUCUGGAUCUAAUCCUGCAGCAAGUAAUGUGUUUAGUUCCUCUUAUAACUCUCAAAAUAUAGUAUCUACUCUCUGUCAAAUAUUGUGCGUUUAGAGCGAAAAUCAGCUGAUUGAAGUUGCUUCUAAAUAUAUGCAAUGUAUAAAAAUUCUCCCAAAAUUAGAAAAAUUUAUAGAUAAUAUAUUUGAAAUUGUCUUUCCAACUACCAACGAAGAUAAAGACAAAUAUUAAAAAAUGCAGAUGAUUAUUCCAACUUUAGAGAAUUGGAGCAGGGUCAUUAGUUAAUAAUAUGUAAUUAAACAGUAAUAUCAGGAAUCUAUGCAACUCAAAAGCGAGUUUACAAAAGCAUUUGGUCAUCUCAAUAUACCAUUGCAUGAAAUGCUGAAAUAAAUAGUAAAAUAAAAUUAAGAGUACUUAGAUAUUAUAAAACAUGCUAGAUAGCAUUAUUCAAUUUAAUAGAUGGUUCCAGAUUCUUAAAUAGGCCAAAUAAUAAUAUAAAAAAUGCAAAAAUACAGAACGUAUCAUAAUUUUAUCCACUAAUUUAAAAAGAAAACAAGUAUAUCAGAAUUGGGUGACUUGUAUUCUCUUUUUGACAGGCUCCUUUACAAUUGA